UUUCCAACCCAAUUUCCAACCAACCAACCCACGAUGAAGCUUUCGACUAUCUUCUCCGCCUCGUUCCUCGCUGCCCUUGCAGUCGCCGCCCCGGCACCCGCCAGAGCCGGCCAAGCCAACCUGCCCGAAAAACGAGAAGGGGGAGAAGGACAAUGCCCGCCCGGAACUGUCUGGGAGUAUCCCAACGGGGACGACGAAGUCGGCGGUUGUGUGGUCGACCACAGUACCGGGUCUGCUGAGAAACGAGACCUUCCCGAGGACGGGGAAUGUCCUGAGGGGCAGCAUCUCGAGCUGGAUGAGAAUGAUGUCGGUUAUUGCGCGAAGGACACCACUCCCGAGGAGGGACAGGAGCAGUCGGUCUGUCCUCCUGGGUCAGAGUGGGUUGGUGAGGGCGAGCAAGGUCGUUGUUCGGAGGUCCAGGAGGAGACUGAGCACGCUAAGCGCCAACAGGAGGAAGAGAAAUAA